UCGGUCAGAUUACGACAAAUCCAAGAUGGCGGCCGUGAACCCUCUUGAUGCAACAGAAGACGUAGCACUAAAUUUUGGCGACGAAGAAGAAUCCACUAGAGGGAAAAAGCUUAGACAUCCAUAUGUUGCAUUCUUCCAUGUGUUCUUCCGUAUAACUGCAGUUGUGGCCUAUUUGUUAUGUGGGUGGUUUAGUGAUAGCUUCAUCACAAAUUUCAUCAUCAUUGUCUUGCUAUUGUCAUUUGACUUUUGGACUGUAAAGAAUGUAAGUGGUCGUCUAUUGGUGGGACUACGAUGGUGGAAUUAUGUCGACGAAGAUGGAAAUAGCCAUUGGGUCUUUGAAUCAAGAAAGAAUAAUUCCAUUGUUACACCUUUAGAGUCUCGCUUAUUCUGGCUUGGUCUAAUUAUUUGUCCUAUUAUAUGGACAUUCUUCUUGGUUGCUGCUCUCUUUGCCUUGAAGUUUAAGUGGCUGCUUGUGGUAGUGGUUGGGCUUGGACUAAAUAUUGCAAACAUGAUUGGAUACAUCAAGUGUAAAAAAGAUGCAGGCAAGAAAAUCAAAAGCUUUGCUGGAAACUUCCUCGGCAGACAACUCUUAUCACAGUCUGAUAAUCCACUCCACUCUCAAUUCAACAUUCAACCAUCUGGUAAUAUGGUGUCUAACCUGAUCUAAUCUGAUGUAUCAUAUACUCUAUAUCAUUAUGAUGACAAUGGCAUCACCUGAAGACAAGUAAAAACCAUGUAUCUGUGUAAAGCACUUACCUGAACAGAUUAAAAUACAAUGCAAUGCCAACUCAAACCAGUUUUUUCUUCAAUAGCAGAUUGGCUAAUAUAUCUGGAGAUAAAACUUGGAUAAUCCACAGUGGAUGUAAUAAAAAUUGCAAUCCUAUUUUAUAAUCUCAUUCAUUCAGACUAUAGAAGUGAGAGAAAAAAGUAUGAAAAGCUCACCCCAGUCCAUUUUUUGUUUUCUUCACACAGAGAAAUAAUUCUAGAAGUUUUUUAAUGAAAACAUUUAUAAUGUAAAAAUUUCUGUUCUUUGAAUAGUGAGAAUAGAAAGAACAUAAGGGAGGUAUAUUUAUUAUGAAAUGGUAAUUUAUGCAAAAGUAAAUAAAAUCAAUAAAACCAA